CCCUUGAAGCAGCUGCAGUUGCCGCCGGUGGAAGGAGGAACAUAGCAAGCGCCGUGUUGACGUCAAACAACCAUGGUUCACGUCAACUUCUACCGCAACUAUGGAAAGACCUUCAAGAAGCCCCGUCGUCCUUAUGAAAAGGAACGACUGGAUGCUGAAUUGAAGCUUGUUGGGGAGUAUGGUCUUAGAUGCAAAAGGGAGCUCUGGAGGGUGCAGUAUGCUCUCAGUCGAAUCCGUAAUGCAGCAAGAAUGCUUUUGACCCUUGAGGAGAAAGACCCACGCAGGAUUUUUGAGGGUGAGGCCCUUAUGAGGAGGAUGAACAGAUAUGGUCUGUUGGAUGAGAGCCAAAACAAGCUUGAUUAUGUGUUGGCCCUCACUGUGGAGAACUUCCUUGAGCGCCGCCUUCAGACACUCGUCUUCAAGACUGGAAUGGCAAAAUCCAUCCACCAUGCCAGAGUCCUCAUUAAACAGAGGCAUAUCAGAGUUGGAAGGCAAGUGGUGAACGUUCCAUCGUUCAUGGUGAGAGUGGACUCCCAGAAACACAUUGACUUCUCGCUCACAAGUCCGUUUGGAGGUGGUCGACCUGGAAGAGUGAAGCGAAAGAACCAGAAGGCAGCUGCGAAGAAGGCUGCUGGUGGGGAUGCCGAUGAGGAUGAUGAAGAAUGAGCAUUUAGCUACUUCUUAUAAAUCUAUGUUUUGCCCUUAUAGGUGAAUGUUUUGUCCUGGUUUCCUUUAGACUGGUUUUUAAGAUGGUAUUUGUUGCUUCAUUUACUGCUCUGAGGAUUUUGUAAUGGAUUAUGGGUUUUAGGAUUUUUCAAAUUCUGUCUGUUAGAAAAUUGCAAAUUUCGCUUAUUUUUCACCCA